AUCCAGGCCCCCUGCUAGUUAUUCAGGGAAAAUUAUGCUACUCCCAGAAGGAAAACAAAUUCAAGUGAAGGACUCCGUAGUACUACUUAAGUACAGACUAUGAGAACGUUUGCCAGCUCUGACGCAGACUUGAGACUAGCAUCUGGCGUGCGUGCGUGCGUGCGUGCAGCGUCCAGCAGUGCCGCGCGGCUGCGGGCGUGGCUUGCCCAAAGCCGCCUCCUAUUGGCUGCGCUCGUGCGUGACAUCCGAUUUUAGCGAUUGGGCCGGAUGAGCCACAUUCAUAGGAUUAGCGUGCUCUCACGCCCCCCGCCCACCCUCACGCGUCUCGCGUCUGUCACCGCUCCGCACCCCAUCGUCUCCUUUUUAACCCCUGCAGUCGACCGUUGCGCACGCCGGACCAAUUAUUAUUUUAUUUUUUUUUGAGGGGGGGGGGUGUUAACACUUAUUCGUCCGGGUACAACAUGGAAGACUACCACAAACCGGACCAGCAGACGGUGCAGGCGCUGAGGAACCUCGCCAACCGGCUCCGGAUCAACUCCAUCAAGGCGACCACUGCAGCGGGCAGCGGUCACCCAACAUCAUGUUGCAGCGUCGCAGAGAUCAUGUCUGUGGUCUUCUUUCAUGCCAUGAAGUACCGACCCGAAGAGCCACGCAACCCCAACAACGACCGCUUCGUCCUUUCCAAGGGCCACGCGGCCCCCGCGCUGUACGCCGUGUGGGCGGAGACGGGCUACCUGAAGGAAAACGAGCUGCUCAACCUACGUAAGGUGGACUCCGUCCUGGAGGGUCACCCCGUCCCGAGGCAGCAGUUUGUAGACGUGGCCACCGGUUCUCUGGGCCAAGGUCUGGGGGCUGCCUGUGGAAUGGCCUACACCGGGAAGUACUUCGACGAGGCCAGGUACCCUGCGCCGAAAGCACCCACACGCGCCUUGUCGUAUGCGCACAGCUACCGGGUCUUCUGCCUGCUGGGCGACGGCGAGCUGUCCGAGGGCUCGGUGUGGGAGGCCAUGGCCUUCGCCUCCUACUACCAGCUCGACAACCUGGUGGCCAUCUUGGACAUCAACCGGCUGGGCCAGAGCGACCCGGCGCCUCUGCAGCACCACGUCGAGAAGUACCAGCGACGCUGCGAGGCCUUCGGGUGGCAUGCCGUAAUUGCGGACGGGCACAGUGUGGAAGAGCUGUGCAAGGUCCUCGCUCAGGCCCGCCGCCAGCCGCUCGCCGUCAUUGCCAAGACCGUCAAGGGCAAGGGCAUCCAAGCGGCCGAGGAUAAGACGGGCUGGCACGGGAAGCCUCUUCCCAAAGACGUGGCCGACGGCGUGAUCAAGGAGCUGCAGAGCCGCAUGGUCAGCUGCAGCAAGCGCCUCUACCCUUCGCCGCCCGGCGAGGACGCCGCGCCCGUCAGCUUGCGCAACAUCCGCAUGCCGAGCGCACCGAGUUACAAACCCGGAGAGAAGAUCGCCACCCGGAAGGCGUACGGCGUGGCUCUGGCCAAGCUGGGCCGCUACAACGAGCACGUGGUGGCGCUUGACGGAGACACCAAGAACUCCACCUUCUCCGAGCUCUUUAAGAACGAGCACCCCAACCGCUACGUGGAGUGCUACGUCGCCGAGCAGAACAUGGUGAGCGUGGCGAUGGGUUGCGCCGCGCGGGACCGCAACGUGGUCUUCGCCAGCACCUUCGCCACCUUCUUCUCCCGGGCCUACGACCAGCUGCGCAUGGCCGCCAUCUCCGAGAGCAACGUCAACCUGUGCGGCUCCCACUGCGGCGUCUCCAUCGGAGAGGACGGUCCCUCCCAAAUGGGCCUGGAGGAUUUGGCCAUGUUCAGGGCCAUUCCCGGCGCCACCGUCUUCUACCCCAGUGAUGGCGUUUCCGCCGAGAAGGCCGUGGAGCUCGCCGCUAACACAAAGGGUCUGUGUUUUAUCCGAACAAGCCGCCCAGAGAACAACAUCAUCUACAGCUGCAACGAGGACUUCCAUGUUGGCCAGGCGAAGGUCGUGUACAAAACCAACGAUGACCACGUGACCGUCAUUGGCGCGGGCGUGACCCUCCACGAGGCGCUGGCGGCUGCCGAACACCUGAAGAAAGAGAGAAUUCACAUCCGUGUGAUUGACCCGUUCACCGUUAAACCUUUGGACGCCAAGACCAUCAUUGACAACGCCAGGGCCACCAGGGGGCGCAUCAUCACCGUGGAAGACCACUACUAUGAAGGUGGUCUCGGCGAGGCGGUGUGCUCGGCGGUGGUGAAUGAAAGCGGCUUCGGCGUCCACCGCCUGGCCGUGUCGCAGGUGCCUCGCAGCGGCAAGCCCCACGAGCUGCUCCAGAUCUUCGGCAUCGACCGCGACGCCAUCGUUCAGGCCGUCCGCAAGGUGCUCAGCGGCGCCUCCAAUUCCAAGUGAAGAUGAGGGAACUCCUGUCUUAUCUCCAUGAUGACAACAAACAUAAGAGGGAGGGGAGGGGGUGGGGGGGCUUCUGGCCCACUUUACUGAAAAGCCCCUUUACAUUCCAAAAUAAAAAUGUGUCAUUGAUGUUGUUUUGACACCCUAGUCCAAGUUCUGCUGGCGCACACACACACACGCCCAUCUAGAAGGCUUCCCCGUGUCCCAGACAAAGUCUUGAUACUGCUGCCGUGUCCAAGUGAAAGUGUGUUUUGUUUUUGUGGAACCCCUCACCCCUCACCCCUCACUUCUAGGGUGCUCCGCCACACCCACCCUCACUUGUAACCCCCCACCCACUAGUGACGACGUGGUUUGUUUCAGAGCCCUGACUGGUUUUGAACCCUUUUUGGCCCUCACUUGCGAUGAGACACCCUCACGCCAAUAAAAGGUUGCUUUCUUCA